CAGCCACUCAGGGAACCCGAGACGUCGCGGAAUCUGUCGAUCCAGAGCCUGAUCUCGGCGCCCGCAGCAGUGGAUCACAACGCGUUUGAGAAUGGCGGUGAGCGCGGCAUGAAGCGGAAGGGAAGCGACAUCAUCGAUAGGGAUGAAGAUGCGAUGGCGAGGAGCAGUCGUGGCACGAGUGUGAUGUCCACUACUGGGUUGAGCAUGGAGGAUCCCGACGUGCGGGAUGCCGUCGAGGCGCUGGGCGGAUUGAAGGCAGACUUUGCGCAUCCCCUUACCGCGCCGAACUCUCCUCCAAACCAGCAGGAACCCCUCCUCAACCUAAUCCAGUCGUCCGCGUCUUCCGUCCACCCUCUCCUCUCCACGGCACUCUCGAUCUCAUCGUCCACCUACAACGCUUCCAAGAAUUACAUCCCGCCUUUCCGCUACGUCGCCGAAUCGGCCGAGAACGUCGCUGCCCCCGUGGUCCGCCGCACCGGCCUCGAAAACUACAUCCGUCGAGGCCUCACGCGCCACCGUAGCAACGAUAAAGCCGAGCCUAACGGUGGGGAAAAGAAGCGAAGGAAAUCGGAGAAGGAACCGGCCCCCGCAACACCCGAGAAGCAAUUGGUAGAGGUCCAGAAUAGUCGCGAGCGCGGUUGGCAGACGAGAUUGUACUACUCGUCCACGGGACUCGCGACUGCCCUUUCCGACGAGUCGCGGCGGUCACUCAAAUACUGCCUCAAGAUCCUCCUGGCGGCGAACGGAAACUUGAUGAAAGUCAUCGCCACUCUUACGAACGUUGUCGACGAACUGGACCAGUAUCUGAGCCAGAAGUGCGGCGAGGGCUCGUCGGCACCUACUUCACCGCCCCUGGGAGUAGCAGGGUACCUAGGAGAGGGCUACGAGCAGCGCCGCCAACACCUGGCGGAGACUGUCGACCGGCUCAAAGACGAAGCGCUCAAGACGCUGAAAGUGGUCGUCGACACCAUCUCCCGAUACGCGGGGGGCGCGCUGCCCGAGCAUGCGAGGAACGUGGUCAAGCGGCAGCUCUUGAGCUUUCCUCUCAAGUGGCAGGCGGCAACAUCUUCCACCUCCUCCGGCGACGUCGAGCAAGGUGUCACCAUCGCCGAGCCCGAAGACGACACCGGCAGACGAACGAAAGGAAAGGCGGUGCGUGUUCUGAUGAUGGCGCGUGAGGGACUGGACAUGAUGCGUGGUGUCGCCGAGGUGGUCGAUGGGACCCUCGUCAGCGCCGAGGAGUGGUGCGAGCGCUUCGGCAAGAAGACGGAUGAGCAGGAGGACGGCUCGCUGCCGGAGAAGGACGAGAGGAAGCGCGUCAGCUGGAUGGAUGCUCCUACUGCUACUACUACUACCAACGCCACCACCGCCACACCGGAACGCGAGGCGGACGGCGAUGUCUCCAUGGCUAAGGCGGGGUGAUGAGAUCUGCUCCGCACCAUCGUGCAUGCACACUGCCAUUUCUUGCAGUCGAGUCGAGUCGAGUCCAGUCGUAUUAGGUUAUUGGGUUAUUGGGAUUUUGUUUUUGUUUAUUGUUUGUUUGGUUAUCGCUUGCUUGCUUGCGCGGGAGGGUCGGGGUGGGGUGGGAGGCGUCCAGUCAGUUUGUUACUUUUGUUACUUUACCUUCAUUUCUUGGUAUGGUAU